AUGGCGGCGCGGGCGCUGCUCUGGGUGGCGGCCGCGCUGGGCCCGGGCCUGGCCGAGCCCCGGUACCGCCCGGACUGGGCCAGCCUGGACGCGCGGCCGCUGCCGGCCUGGUUCGACCGGGCCAAGGUGGGGGUGUUCGUGCACUGGGGGGUGUUCUCCGUGCCGGCCUGGGGCUCCGAGUGGUUCUGGUGGCACUGGCAGGGCCGGCACGAUGCCGCCUACGAGCGCUUCGUGCGCCGCCGCUUCCCGCCCGGCACCACCUACGCAGAGUUCGCGCCUCGCUUCACCGCCCACGACUUCCAGCCCCGCCAGUGGGCACAGCUCUUCCAGCGGGCCGGGGCCAGAUACGUGGUCCUGACCACCAAGCACCACGAGGGCUUCACCAACUGGGGGUCACCAGUGUCCUGGAACUGGAAUUCUGUGGAUACAGGGCCCCACCGAGACCUGGUGGGAGAGCUGGGAGAAGCCCUCAGGGAGAGCAACCUCCGUUAUGGACUGUAUCACUCCCUGAUGGAGUGGUUUAACCCUCUCUACCUCGCUGACAAACAAAAUGACUUCAAGACCCAGAGCUUCAUUUUAAAGAAGACAAUGCCUGAACUUUAUGACCUUGUCUUAAAAUACAAACCAGAUCUGAUUUGGUCAGAUGGAGACUGGGAAGCUCCAGAUUCCUACUGGAAUUCCACCUCUUUCCUUGCCUGGCUCUAUAACGACAGCCCUGUCAAGGACACCGUGGUUGUCAACGAUCGCUGGGGUCGGGGCUGCUCCUGCCGCCAUGGGGGUUUCUACAACUGUGCUGACAAGUACAGGCCAGGCACCCUGCCAGACCACAAGUGGGAGAUGUGCUCCUCCCUGGACAAGCUCUCCUGGGGCUACCGCAGCAACAUGAGCCUCGCCGAGGUGAUGGAUGUAAUGAGUGUGAUUGAGGAGCUGGUGCAGACUGUGAGUUUGGGUGGCAACUACCUCCUCAAUGUAGGACCUACAAAAGAAGGGGUGAUUGUCCCCAUCUUCCAAGAAAGACUCCUGGCCCUUGGGAGGUGGCUGGAGACCAAUGGGGAGGCCAUUUAUGAAUCCCAGCCUUGGAGGGUGCAGAUGGAGAACACCACAGACACGGUCUGGUACACCUCCAAGGGACCAGUAGUCUUUGCCAUCUUUCUUCUCUGGCCUCGGGACAGUGUCCUGCAUCUGUCCUCACCCAUUCCAUCCCCAGGCACACAGGUGACACUGCUGGGGUUUGGUGGCACUCUGGAGUGGCAGAACCACCCAGGGAAAGGGAUGCUCAUAACCCUGCCCUACAUGCUCCCAUCUCCUCUCCCUCCUCAGUCUGGCUGGGCCGUGAAGCUGGAGGGUGUGAAGUGAUGCUGUGGUGGGGGACACAGCAUC